AAAGGCGCCUGAUGCACAGCGACAUUAGGAUGAAUUUACGAAGGAAUGCAGAUCCGUGUGUGACCAAAGGCUGCAAGUGGCCCAAAUAUGGAGGCUACGUCAGAAUUCCCGUCACCAUCUCCUCCAGAUACAGCAGAGCAGAGCGCAACUCCAUCAUUAGAAGCCUGUUGACCUUCCAUCGACCUACCUGCAUUCGCUUUUACUGGAGACGCUUUUGGCAUCGGAACUACAUUAACUUCUUCUCUGGAGAUGGGUGUUGGUCCUACCUGGGACGUCAGGGGGGAGGGCAGCCAAUCUCAUUGAAGAGAAACGGUUGUUUGUUCAUGGGCACAGUGCAGCACGAGGUCCUCCACGCUCUGGGCUUCCACCAUGAGCAUGUUCGCUCCGACAGAGACAAAUACGUCCAGAUCCUCACAGAGAACAUUCAGCCAGGAAAUGAAAGAAACUUUGUGAAGGUGGCGACUAACAACUUGGACACUCCCUACGACUUCCAGUCUGUCAUGCACUACAGCAAAUUCGCCUUCUCCAGAAACGGGAGUCCGACCAUCGUUUCAAAGACAGGCGGGGACUUUGGACGUGCCACAGAGAUGAGCGCCAAUGACAUCGCUCGCAUCAACCGACUGUACCAAUGCUGAAGUUAAUGAUGGACAGAAGUGUCAGCCUUCAAAAUUUUCAACACGACUCGUCAUGAUCACAGGAAAAGAACCUGAAUAUUAUUUUGAGAAAAAUGAUAGUUUGUAUUAUUUC